ACAAGACACAGAUCUUCAAAAGGUUCAAAAGCAGAAGUUCUCUCAUUCCUUUCUUGCUCUUGGAGUCACCGAUAGACAUUUACCCCACCUGGGCAAAAAGAAAUAAUAUCAAACCCUUUCUCUGCACUAGAAAAUGGUCAUUCUUCAACACUUUCACCUUCCAUUGCCCAUUUCAGAGCAACCUCUCUUCUCUGCUUUCCUGCUGAAACCAAACCCAGACAGGAAAAAGAGCCAGACCCAUCGAUUGUUGUUGUUGCGUCAACAGUCCCUAUGCCAGAAAUGGCGAGCAGCAGCGGCACCAAGAUUGAUGGUCCGCCCAAAUCCCUCUCCAGGAGGUUGACGAGGAUGCCCACAGCGGUCAAUGCUCCUCCUGAGGAAGAAGUCAUCGACAGUGAACUCGUUCCGUCCUCAAUUGCUGAGAUCGCUCCAAUUCUUCGUGUUGCCAAUGAGUUAGAGCCUGACAAUCCCCGGGUCGCUUACCUAUGUGGAGCUGAGUUGUACAUGCCUUGGUUUCAAUCUGAUAUAAUGUCUAUAAAAGAAAAAUCUUCUAGAGAUCAUUAUGAGGCUGAUACACGUGACUAUUAUGUGGAAAGAUGAUGGCUUGGGAACAUAUUUGG